AUGCGAGCGAGCUCCAUCAAGCGCUCCCUCGGAGUCGACCUGACCAACAGGAUCAAGGAGUCGCGUGUGCUCCUCGUUGGCGCUGGCGGCAUCGGCUGCGAGCUGCUGAAAAACCUCGUCCUCACCGGCUUCGGCGAAGUCCACAUCAUCGACCUGGAUACCAUCGACCUCAGUAACCUGAACCGCCAGUUCCUCUUCCGACAUGAACACAUCAAGAAACCCAAAGCCCUGGUAGCGAAAGAAGUUGCGCACCACUUCCAGCCCGGCGCAAAGUUGGAGGCCUAUCAUGCGAACAUCAUGGACAGCCAAUUCAAUGUCGGCUGGUUCAAGACGUUCGACAUGGUCUUCAAUGCACUAGACAACCUGGCUGCUCGACGCCACGUGAACCGAAUGUGUCUUGCAGCCGGUGUGCCUCUGAUUGAGAGCGGAACCACUGGCUUCAACGGCCAGGUUCAGGUCAUUGAAAAGGGGAAAACCGAAUGUUACGACUGCAAUCCGAAAGAAACACCGAAAUCCUACCCCAUAUGCACAAUCCGCAGCACGCCGACACAACCCAUUCAUUGCAUUGUAUGGGCCAAGAGCUAUCUGUUACCGGAGCUUUUUGGGGUAAGUGAAGAUGAGGCGGUCGAGCUUGACACCACGGAAAACACGGAAAAUGCGAAAGAGAUUGCGAACUUGAGGAAAGAGGCAGAGGCUCUCAAAGAGAUUCGCCAGUCAAUGGGCUCUGAUGACUUCGUUAAGAACGUUUUUGGGAAGGUCUUCGAGACCGACAUAAAGCGAUUAUGUGAAAUGGAUGACAUGUGGAAGGAACGCCAGGCGCCGGAAGCACUUGAAUACGAUAAGCUCCAAGAAAGCUCCGCCUCCAUCGAGCCGACAAUUUCGAAAUGCGAUCAAAGAGCCUGGAGCCUGGAGGAGAACUUGGUUGUAUUCACAGAUAGCUUGAACCGCUUAAGCAAACGAUUGAGAGAGCUUCAAGCGAAGAAGUCGCCGGAAGACUCUGAGCCAAUCUUGACAUUUGACAAGGAUGACGAAGACACUCUUGAUUUUGUCACCUCUACAGCAAAUCUACGGGCUGAGGUAUUCCACAUUGAUCUCCAGUCUAAGUUUGACACCAAACAAAUGGCCGGCAACAUCAUCCCUGCCAUUGCCACCACCAAUGCCAUGACUGCUAGUCUCUGUGUUCUGCAAGCCUUCAAGGUGCUCCAAGGUGACUUAUCACACGCCAAAAUGGUUUUCCUCGAGAGAUCUGGACCACGUGCAAUCAACUCUGAAGCUUUAAGGCCUCCCAACCCCGACUGUCAAGUAUGCUCAGUCGUACGCGCAGAAGUCGCAGUUGACUCCAGUGCCACACUCCAAGAUCUUGUUGAAGGUGUACUUCAGCAGAAACUUGGCUAUACGGACGAAUUUUCCAUGAGAAAUGAUGAUGACCUCAUCUACGAUCCUGAUGAGCAGGGAAAUCUUUCCAAGAGGCUCUCAGAGCUGGGAAUAGGGAACAAUUGUCUGUUGACUGUCGCUGAUGACGACGACGUAGAGAAGGAUCCGCGCGUUGUCCUGGAACUGGAGAUCAUUGAAAGAACCGAACCCUCCACAGAUGGGAAGCAUGUUGUUCUACAGAAGUCAAUUGAUAUACCAAGGAGGCCAAAGAAGUCCAUUUUGCCGGAGCAUGAAGAUGCACCCACGACCAAUGGCACAGGCGUCACUGGUAAACGCAAGCGCGAAGGCGAAGAGGAGCCUUUCAUGAAUGGCCACGUCGCCAAAAGGGUUGCUGCCGGGUCGGCGCAGAACGGUGAUGAUGCUGUCAUAAUUGACCUAGAUGAACCUUCAAAUCAAGGAGGUGCCAUCAUGAUCGAUGAUGAUUAG